AUGCGAGGCCCGCGCCGCGGUCCUUUGCGUCCGGCUGUCAUGCCUUGCCUGGAGGAGGACAGCCGGGCAGGCCAGGGUCCCGAGGGCCAGGGCGGUCGGAAGGGGAGCGGGAGGCCUGAUGGAACGGCAUGGCACCGCAGCCACCUUUUAUCCACACCGCGGGUCUGGUCCGUCUUCAGAACCCAAAUACAUGGGGGAGGGCGGGGAUCCCGAGGGGAGAAAGGCGGCCAGCUACGGUUAAGUAGCAGUGGUAGGCUCAGCCGGCUAGGCACCCUCUCCCCCGCCGAGUGCCCCGGCCGUGCCUCCGGGGACCGAGCUGGCGGACAGGCCAAGCGGCAAAGGACACGCUUUGAGGGUCUCCCGUGGCCCCCUCUGGCUGCCGUCCCUCCAGGGGCAGGAAGGGAGGGUAGCCCCCCGGAGGACAAGGCAAGGCGGCGCUCCCCCCUCCGGGGAGGAGAUUCGGGGAGCGCCGCGGCUAGGAGCCGGCUGAGGCUGGAGGGCGCCGAGGGCUUGCAAAGCUUCUUCGUGUUGGAGGGGCUUGAGCACCUGCUCCUGCCAAGGCCCCCUCCAGGCAACUCCAGGCGGAUCCCGCCGAAUGGGAGACGAGCAAGGGCCUGCGGUCCCCCCCUCCUGUCCAGGGGGAGAGGAGGAGCGCCGCCGGCUGAGGGGGUCUGGCGCUGGGCGGAGCCGAGGGCAGGAACGGAGGGAAGGACCCCUCCGCCGCCGCCCCGGCCCUUGGCUCUGGCCGACUCCAGAGCCCCCCGCCACUCACCAUUCACCGCACGGCUCUCUCUGGGUGGGUCGCCGCCAGGAAGGGCUGCUCAUGGAGCCGCCCCGCCCACCGGGCCCAAGCGGAGAGUCCUGCCGGCAGCCUGGAACCCUCGGCGGGGAAGCUUCCUAGCCUGGCCCCUCUCCGGCUUCCGAGAAGCCAGUGGCCCAGGUUCUGAGCGUCUCUGCCCAGCAAGGGCUCCAGGAGCCUGGCCCAGGCAGAGGAAGCUGUUCCCCCCCCAAUGGCUCUCUAUGGAGAACUACAGCCUGCCUUCCUCCAGCCUCCAUUGCUGAUGCUGCCUUCAAGUCAUUGGGAUGCUUUGACUGUGUCAGAUGCUGGAAUCCGUAGGAAAAAAAUCCGUGGAUACGGAGGGCCAACAGUACCUUAUAAUAAUAACAACAAUUCUACUACUAUAGGUAAACAUUUUUUUAAAAAAAUACAGAUAGCUUGGAUUAAUAUAUAGACUGAUCGGUUAUCUUAAAAUUGGCUUGACCUAGACUAGAGUUGUGUUUCCAGAAGAAGCCAUUCCUCUCUGUUCCCUUGUGCUCGAGAGUCGUAGUGGAGUGGGUGAGGGACCUUUUGGAAAAGAGUGUGGGAGAUGGAUCAUAGAAUCAUAGAGUUGGAAGAGACCACAAGGGCCAUCCAGUCCA